UAAGAAUUGACUCGAUGGUUUGAUGUCUCGACUCGAUCUGAGGGCCUGACAGCCAAUCCCUUAGUCAGCGGAUAGGCAGUGCGGGGGCCUGAUCGCAAAGUGAACCAACCAAUAAACACGAGCCCCCACUAUGAGCUCGUCGUGCCCAGGCGAUCUCCAGAACCCACUUCCACUUCUGCCUUUGUUCCAGCCUUCCAGAGUUGACGGAAACACCGAGGACGCCGUCUAGACCUUGAAGCUACCUGCCUGCAAGGAGCACCUCGUACUGAAGAAUGCUGGUGAACUGCUGAGUUCCGCCUGGUUGGCUCUUUUCGCUCUCUUCUGGAUCUUUCCCUCUUCUCUCUUCUGUCCCCCGCUUCCACCCCCAGCAGCCCUUACAUUGACGAUGUGGCACGGCGUGGAAGCUGUCACAUCCUCCAUCGCCUAGUCGCCAUGUCGUUCUCGCCGCCAAUUCAGCCUGCACCGGAAUUCGGAACCCACAGCUCAACCUCCACAUCGUUUACCCAGGGCGAAGGAAGCGAGAACCCCCCUCCUCCAGCCUCUCAUAAGCAUGCAUCUCAAGAUGCUCUGGCUCUACGGAGCUGCAUCACCUGUCGCCGAAGGAAGGUCCGCUGCGACAAAAGGUCCCCGUGUUCGAAUUGCGUCAAGGCGGGCAUUGAAUGCAUCUUCCCCCCGCCAGGCCGCGCGCCGCGCAAAGUGAAGCGGCAGCCAGCUGAAAAUGCAGAGCUGCUAACGCGGCUGCAGCAACUCGAAAAUAUAGUCGAGGCCGCUAUGACAAACUCCAAUACUCAAGCUACGCCGUCGCCCCCUCAACAACGUGGCGACCCGCCUGCUAGGCCUCAGCCUUCUCGUCAUGAAGAGGGUGAGGGUGGAUGUCCAGUUGCUGCCGCGGGCGCGGCGGGGCAAAUGCCAUCGUUGGAGCACGAGUUCGGAAGACUCGUUAUUGAAGAUAAUCGGAGCCGAUAUGUGAGCAAUCGGUUUUGGGCAAGUCUUGGAGAUCAGAUCGAGGAAUUGCAGGAUAUUCUUGACCAUUCGUCUUCUGAUGAAGAGGACCACUCCUCACCAGGGUCAUCUUCUAGCUACUCUACGCCUCAUGAUGGAAUGCUCUUUGGCUUCUAUUCUCUUGCCCGCUCUCUCCGAAAUUUCCACCCGCUCCCGGGUAAAGUUCCGGUGCUAUGGGAAAUUUACGCGGAGAAUGUCAAACCGUUACUGCCCGUGGUUCAUGGCCCCGCAGCCCAUCAACUGUUCACAACAGCUGCGCGGUCCCCAGAUGCUUUGGAUAAGAACAAUGAGGCCUUGGUACUCGCUAUGUACUUCGCAGCAAUCGUCAGCAUGUCUCCUGAGCAGUGUAUGGCUGAGUUAGGAGAAGCCCGUGACACCCUAGUCGGCCGUUAUCGGUUCGCUGUGGAGCAAGCACUGUCCAAAGCUAAUCUGUUGAACACCCAAACCCUGACAUUGAUGCAGGCUGCAGUGAUCUUUUUGAACGCUGUUCGCCGAGACGAUGACACUAAGUUCGUCUGGUCAAUGUCAUCCCUUAUACUUCGCCUGGCACAAGGACUCGGUUUACAUCGGGAUGGAAACAAUUUUAAUUUAAGGCCUUUUGACGCUGAAAUGCGCCGGAGACUGUGGUGGCACGUUGUUCUACUUGACCUUCGAUCUUCCGAGGACCAUGGGACUGAUGUGCAAAUCCACGAUCGAAUGUUUGAUACCAGACUUCCCUUAAAUAUCAACGAUGACGACAUUUCUCCCUAUAUGAAAGAGCGACCGAAGCCGAAAGUAGGUUUUACCGACAUGACCUUCUUCCUCGUGCGGUGCGAUAUCUGCUAUGCUCUUCGAAGGGUGGCCUAUACAUGCCCAAAUACUAGCGGAGCUGUUUCAGGACCCACUCCGGAAAACUGCGGCAAUGUAGUACAAACUGUGAAUAUGCACAUCGAAGAGCAAUAUCUGAAACAUUGCAACAUGUCAGAUCCGAUACAGUGGAUUAGUGCGACAGUUGCGCGCCUAGUUCUCACGAAAAUGUGGCUUGUGAUACACCACCCGAUAACACGCCAGGAUCUUGAAUCGCAAAUCAGCCAUGAGUCUCGGGAAAGCUUAUUUAUUACAUCCAUUGAGGUUACCGAGUUUUCUCGUUUAAUCAAAGAAGACGAGAACACAAAGAAGUGGAGCUGGAUGUUUGAUGCGUAUAUGCAGUGGCACGCUAUCGCCAUGGUGCUGGCUGAACUCUGCGUGCGCCCAUUGAGCCCUCUGACGGAUCGUGCAUGGAUCGCGGUGACAACUGUUUAUGACGAUUGGCUACGGACCGCUAAACAGCGGAAAGGGAUGCUUUGGAGGCCACUUGCCAGACUUAUGAAACGAGCAGGUGCCCUGAGAAAGAAGCAACUAGAAGAGCUAGCGGCUCAUGUUGAAAAUCAGCAAGCCGCUGCCCGAAGCGCAAUACCUGUUUCCGCACAGUAUGACCGGCCUUCUAUAGGAUCGCCUUUCUCGUCGCAUUUUCCGGAACAUUCAAGGUUGGUAGCUGCGGCGCCGCCGAUGGAUUGGGAUCCGUCCCAAGGCCCACUGGACUUUGAUAUCACACAGGGUCCUAUGGGUGCGAUCCAAUCACUGUUUCCAGAAGGCAACUUCUUUGCCAUUCCUGCGAGCCUUAGCUCAACAGCACCACAAACUCAAGCGAAUAUGAAUGUUCCCAUAUCCAUGUCUAAUGAACAAAUGGCCGGCAUCCCACUAGAACCUUCUAAUCCAGCGGCCAAUUUUCCGGAAUGGGACCAGGUGCUGCGGGAGUUCCAGCUCGACCAGGGUAAUAACCCCAUGGGCGAUGUCACUGGGUGGGUGGCUUGACGCCUGUCAUGGACGAACUGGCUAUCCUUUUUAUAUAAUUGGAUCCCAUGUCUGCUAUUAUAUACCUAUCUUUGUAUUAUUGCCUUUGAGCCUCUAAACGUUGAGAUACCCAUAUCUAGUAUCAACAGAUAUUCACGGCAUACUUUGCCCUUAUAUUAGAUAUGAAAGCCUAUAAGCCAGGACGGAGUUAAUGGUUUUCUAGAUGCAGCCAUGUCGAUUCGCUAACUUUUUUGCAUUAUGUUAGCUCUGUAUGACAAUCUCCUGGCUGAAUUUUGUACAAUGGAUAUGUAUUCCAUUGUUAUGUCACCGAGACUCGGUAUCAUACUAGAAGGAAAUACAGAAAAUACAUCCAUUCAAAUUUUUCAAUUAAUUCCGCAUGCCUUUUAAUUACUAC